CUCACUCAUUUGAUCUAAAAUGUCAGAAAAAUGCCCAGCUGUACAGAAGAUAGUACAGAAGUAGUCUGAACAAAAGAGUUAUUAAACCCUUAAAUCUACUUCUUUGUGAAAUGUGAGUUAUUACAUGUCUGUAAUUGAUUUUUCUACUUAUCCCUAAAAGUGCUUUACUAACAUUAACAUCCCUGAAUAUAAAUAAUAGUUAAAGUUAAUCCUAUUGUUGGGCAGCAGCUAGAUACAAGUAACGUUCCUACAUUUUUUAGCAGCUUAUCCAGUAGUUCAGCUACUUUUAAAACAAUGCAGCUUUUCCAGUAAUAGACUGAACCUGCAGUAGACUGAAGCAGCAUAGUGUCUUCUUACAAGGUCAUAUUCUAAUCCAGUGCAUUACCGUCAUCUUUUGGUCCUGUAUGUCACUCAGCAUCAGUAGUAAAUAGGGAUGUAACGAUAUUGGCGAUGUAGCGAGCUGGUUGAAAACCAAUAUAAAUAUGUGACGUUUCAAACCAGUUGAGAUAUUAAAGGUACAAUUUGUAAGAUAUUUGCAGUAAAUAUCCAAAAACCACUAGGCUAGUGUUAUAUAUUUUGUCCAGCUGAUUACUAACAAUAUCUCUAAUGUUUUCAACUACUUGUAAAUCAUGAGAAAAUUCCCCUUAUAAACUGUGACACGGGGCAGUGCAGUCGCCUGUCGAUGACAUUAGUUCCCCUUUGUUACCGCCUUUACUGAUGUAGAAACCAUAUGACAACAGUGUCGUGGACAAAUGCGGAAGUAGUGUCUAGCGUCCAGCAAACUACUAGCUUGCUUCAAGCUGUUCCUUAUUUACUUCUUGCAUGUUUUAUGGUGGAUUGUGUUACUUAUUUAUGGAACAUAAUCACUGUUUACCAUCUGCCGCUGGUUCUGUCGACAAGGACAUCUCCCGUAAACGUAAGCGUACGGGCCAACCAAAUGACCCGAGAAGAGUUUGGGACAAAAGGAGAGAAAGAGCGAGGAUCAAUAUCGGUGUUGCAUUUGAUCGAGAGAGCUUCGGCAAACUUUAACUUGAAAGAGAUGCCGAUCUCGCUUGUGUUUUACUCGAAAGACCUGAAAGUGAAGAGUGAAGAACUGAAUGAAAUUCAAGAUAAAGAUCAGUAUAAAAUACAUCUUGAUUUCAUAUCUGGACAAAAAUCAUUUAGUUGCUCACAGACAGCAAAGAACUCUUCAGAAAAAAGAGCUCAGAAGGCUAGAUCUAGAAGUCACUUCACCUGUCAACAGUGUGGAAAAAAUUUUGACCAUAAAGGAAAGCUGAGAGUCCACAUGAGGAUUCACACUGGAGAGAAGCCUUACAACUGCAAACAGUGUGGAAAGAGUUUCAAUGAACAUGGACACCUUAAAGUCCACAUGAGGAUUCACACCGAGGAGAAGCCUUUCACCUGUACUCAAUGUGGAAAGAGUUUUUCACAUAAAUGCACUUUGAAUGCCCACAUGACAAUUCACACAGGAGAGAAGUCUUACACCUGCAAACUGUGUGGAAAUAGUUUCUUUGAAAAAGGAAGCCUUAGAAGGCACAUGAGGAUUCACACUGGAGAGAAGCCUUACACCUGCCCUCAGUGUGGAAAGAGUUUUACUCAAGGAGGAAGCUUUAACAGGCACAAGAGAAUUCACACUGAAGAGAAACCGUUCACCUGCCAACAGUGUGGAAAGCAUUUCAAUCAAAAAAGAUACCUUAAUAGCCACAUGAAAAUUCACACAGAGCUGUGGAAACAGAGCAAGUCUCAAGGAAGGAGAUCCAGAAGGAUAAAAGGAGGAGUGAUGACCGUGCAAGAUGAGAGCGGACAGGCCAAGGGUCUAAUUUAUAAACGUUCCAUACGCACAAAAUAGACAUAGAAAUUGCGUUUAACUUUAUAUAUACUUAUAUAUACUUGCUGUAAAUAUGUACGCACCUUAUGCUAGACCAUGCAUACACACACUUUUUCCUGGAGUGAGAAUUAUUAUUUUAAAAUCUGUUUUCAUUUCAAUAUACACAUUUACAUGAAAUAUUCCACUCAUUAAUAUAAAACCAUGCGUUCACAAAAUCUAGCUUUUGUGCAUACGUACAAUUUUAGGAUGAAAUGUAUGUAGAGUUAUGUAAAUGAGACCCCUGGGCUUCAUGUUGUGCUUUAUUAUGUUUUUUUAUGCAGCAGUCGUUCUUGAUGGGCUGCUGCUUUACUUGCAUUUUAUUGUUUGUUUGUCUUAAAGUUGUGUGAAUAUUCACCGGUUCCCGUGGCUCUCAGCCCUGCAUGCCACAUGUAUCGGGUGCUUCUCAAUAAAUAAGAAUGAUGAGUAA